AGUUAGUGUCCCAGAUGUGAUUCAUCUGGAGAUUAUAACUAUCUGCAAAUCUAAAAGCCGACUAGGAGUAGCUGUGCAGUUUUGAAUUGAUUGGCUUUCAAGCUAGUACCGGGAGAGGGACACGCUGGAUAGCCACUGAAAACAGGCACGGUGAUCACAAUUCGAGAUUUACAUGUGCCCAUUCAAUGUAAUGCAGGCAGCACACUAACUUUAGCGUGCAGCUCAGUUGAAUAAUUGUUGUGUCCAGCCAGUGCUAGCUGCACUGUUCAUUGGUUGCUCACAUCAGCAGGGGUGGGCGCCAAAUAUCGUAAAUUGCUCAUUCCACUUAAAGCUAGCCGGCACUGUUUAAAACCAGCCUGCCCCUCUUAAAGGGGAGAUGCACUGAGGCUACAGCAGAUGCUGCCAGUCGUGCAGAAAGUGAUUCUGAGCUGGGAAACAGCGGAGAAUGGCCCAGCAUGGGAGCAAGCAAAAUACAAGGCUUGUGGAUGCUGCACUGGAGGUCUUAGUGGAAGAGGUAGAAAAGGCGAGUGCUGGAGUCCCUCCAAGUACAGUCAAAAGGCAAUGGGACCAGAUAACUAUGAAGCGCUUUGCCAGGAGUAAAGUCCAGAGAACCUGGAUGCUGUGCCACGAGAAGUCCAAUGACCUCACACGAGUGAUCAAGUGGAGGAUGUUUCACCCAGCUGGCUGGUUUUUGUAUCGCAUCUUCACUGUAGUAUACACCCUGAUCUGGUGCAUUUUGAGUGGAGUUCAGACCAACAGCCCUAAAUGGUUCAUCUUCCUGACGCACAUAACCUAUACCAUCCUAACCAUUUAUUUCAUCUUGGCAUUGGUAAAUUUGAUAUGCUACUUGGCACUUAGACAGAAGAAGUCAACACAAACCAUCGAGGCAGCCUCCUUGGAGGAGAUCUCAAGCUGCAGCCCAGCAACUCCAGAAAUUGAAGAUGGGGCCCCUAAUCGGAAGUUGCACAAGGAAUUCUGUGCACCCUUUUCGGCACCGUAUUCCACGAUCUGCAUCCAGUGGACUCUGCACAAUCUAAUCUGUGUGAUCACCCUUUUUGUCACAGUUGCCUUCUGGAGCUUUGACUAUAUUCCAGGGAGAUCCCUUGACUCCAUUAGCAUCAAUAUGCACGUGAUCAACUCAGUGCUUGUACUGCUGGAGCUGAUUUUGUCGGCAGCUCCCAUUCACCUCGCCCAUUUCAUUUACGCCUUUAUCUACUGCCUGAUGUUUAUCCUCUUUAGCGUCAUCUACUGGGCUGCUGGGGGCACCAACCUGAAGGGAAAGCCUUACAUCUACAGGUCACUAAACUACGGGGAAAAUCCAGGCCCUGCCGUGGGCUACAUCAUCCUGAGCAUUUGUUUUGUCAUGCCGUGCCUUCAGUUCCUUGUGUGGAACAUCCACCUGCUCAGACGUCACGUGUAUCUCAGGCUCAACAGGAAGGAUAGCGAUGUGCCACACUGUUAGCAUGGCCACGGGUUUUCCUCAUUUCGCUGCAGGAGAAUUUCGAAAUCAGGUGGCAAAGAAAGGGAACAAACCUGAAAAGGAAGGUCAUGUAAGCACCAACAAGUGUCAAUGAACAGGAUAGGGAAUCGGCAUUUUUUAUUCUGGGAGGUUGGCCCACACUGUGGGCUUUUAUUUUUCCCCCUUGAAAGAAACUAAAGAGUGCAACUUAGAGAGUACUCGAGUGGAGAGGGGGAGACACCUCUGAAAUAUUAUGUGUUUUCAUUGUAUUUCUGGCCAGGAGCCCCCCUAGCUCUAGAGGCAAUAUUCAUAUCUGGUUCAAAUACCUUUUAGCAGAUAUUAUGUCGUAUAUCAAUAUACAAUUGUGUAUUCACCCAUAUUAAAGUCAUACGUAUCAAGUCA